ACGACUUCUCAACACUGGAGAAAGAGGCAUAGCCUAGCUAACAAAUAUUUUUCAGCAUUAAGAUGCCACAACGGCAUUUGUCAUAUAUUAUAUCAAGUACUGUGCUGUGGAAGUUGGGAAGAUUUCAUGGAUGAGUACUGACGACCAGCAACAAUGGGUGUUUCCAUAUUUGAAUAGGUGUUUCAAUAUGCUAAAGAGCUCUCACAAGCUCUUAAUUUAACAACUACAGUGGUGACUGCCAGAAGAGACAGGAGUUCAUAAAGGGUGACCACAUCUGGCAAGAUGGAACCCAGAGGAAGAGUAAGCCCAACAGCAAGUGGCAGGAUGUAGAAGAGGAGGAUCUGGAUGGAUAGCUUGAUGCUGUGCUUGGCCUCACUUGCUUGCAAACGCCGUGAUCUGCUCCUGCCAAAAGCAAAAAAGAAAACGUCACUUGGCGUGGUGCUUGUUGCCAGCGGACCUGAAGACCUUUGUGAACCAACGUGGAGUCAAACGACUCUUUGACGCAAAAAUAUGUCAGAGCCAGAAGUUUUGCUCCCCAGUGGACUGGAAUCAGAAGGAGUCCUCCAUCAGAGGCUGCAAUACCUGACUGUGGCGGUCCAACAGCAGCUGCAAGAGACAGAAAGGAGAUACAGAGAGGAGCUGGAGAGGAGGAUUCAUCACAACACUCUCCUCUCAGCAGAUUUGGACAGACUUUCCAGUUAUACAAAUGAAGUAACCUGUGAUACAAAACAUGGAGGACUGAGGAGAUAUGCCUCAUCACUUGCCCUGACUUCUGAUAAUGUAACAUCAAACCAUUGUAGACCAAUAGAGGUAUCUGCUCCAGUUUUGGGAUCUUCAUCAGAUUGCAAGCGUCCCUCCAGGCUGAUUCCUUACCAUACACAACAGUGUGAACGCGCAGCUUCAUUCAAAACAACACAGCAGAGGAAAGAAGAAGAGGAGGAAGCUGAGUGCAAGAAGAAGUUCAGUGCACUUCCUGUUCCAAGUCAAGUCAAACAGUCCCUCUUCCGGGAGAUGAUGGAACAGAGGGACAGAGUGAGGAAGCAAGGGCAUGAACAAAGGAAAAACUUUCUGCUUUCUGACCAAAGACCUUUCAGCUUCCAGGAGAGAGAAAAGAAGAAACAGGACAAGUUGGCUGCACUGGAGACCCAAGUCUCCCAGCAGGCAAAAAAGACAACUUUAGACAAUGUCAAACAAUCCUCUCCUAAACUACUCGGAGCGACAGAUAAGGAGCAUUGCAGUAAUGUUCAUGUGAGCACUACGCAACAGGAGAAGCCUGCAGCACCUGGUAGGCCCAAACUCCGCACAGCAGAGCGCACCAGAAGGGAAAAGCUGGGAUUCCUGGAUGAAAAACCAAGCUUCCAGCCGAAGAUCAACCAUCAGGUGCCAGAUUUCCGCCGUCUGCACAAAGCUCUGCAGACAGAGGGGCUGACAAAAACGCCAGUUAAAGACGUGAUCAGGUGCCAGCCCUUUUACCUGAGGACAUCAGCUCUUCCUGUUCGGCAAAGGAAACAGAGCCCUGACAAGUUACAGGUUUCCAGUAGUCUAAAUCGAAGUAAGUCAUGUGGAGCGUUGACGUCCUUGUCUGCAGACACGCUUCCAACUUACAUCACAGAUGCAACAAGGAAGCGCUGCAUGGCCAUCAGGAUGUCUAUGGAAACGAGGGAUUGGAAGAAUCAGGCAAGUGACAACUGGUUAAAGAAUUACCAAACCAAGUCUGAGGCCAUGAGGAAAACCGUUUCCCUCCAUGCGAAGUUACUGGACCCUCACAAAAGCUUGAGAGAAGUCUACGAUGAACGACUACAGCACCAUCGGCAGGCAGAUCGACAAAGGACAAGCGACUACAUGAAGGAUCUACGGGACAUGAAGGCUCGUGUUAGAGAGCGUCCUCUGUUGUUCGAACAGGUGAAACAGAGAAACGCAAAAGCUCGAGCAGAGCAAACAUACAGGAACGAGCUGAAGAAAGCUGGUAUAAAAGAGCAGUUUGUGGAAGAAAAGGGAUCAACGCUGAAUGAAACAUUGGAGGAUGACACAACCCCAAAUGUCCACAGAACUGACAAUGCAUUCCACAGCAGCGAUGCAGAGGAGGAAAAUGUAGACGACGGUGAAGAAAAUUGAAGAUGUGGAGGAGAACAACGUGGGGGAAGGAUUGUCAUGAUCAGACGGUACAAUGUUUUUGUGGCCUCUCUGCUAGAAAACAACACUGUAAUCAAAUAUGACUCAUGUCUACCUAACCACAUCAACAAUGUGAUAUGCCAACAUGUGUAACUAUAAAUACAGAAAUCUCAAAACAUCUGAACCAGAUCAUUCAAAAGGGAAAACAUAGAAAAGUGUUUAAAUAAUAUUUGUUUUAAUUACCGUAUAUUUUGAUACUUAUAAAUGUGUGUGCCACAUUAAACAGAUUAUUCUGACAAUAAUAAUUUACUUUGUAGAAUUAUGGACACCUGAUUACCGCAAUAAACAUUUAAAAAACUGAAUUGAAACAUUAGUUCAGCCGACUCUGUGACAUUAAUGUGUUUUUACCUCAAGGGUGUUCAAACUGUGGCUAAAGUGCCAUUCGCAGCUUAUGGCUUGUUUUUUAUUGGCCCGUCGUAGUAGCAAAAAUCUGUAAAAUAGAGCAAAAAGACACAAUACAAAGAGAAAAAGCAGACAUGUAGACACUAAAAACUAAUAACAU